CUCCAGUUUUCAUACAAAGCAGUUAUCGGGCUCCUCGUCCGCCAGGUCUUGUGAUUUUACAGUCCUGCUGUGAACAUGAGCGCUCUGCUGGAGUUAACGUUCGUCCUGCUGGCUCUCGCUUCCUGCCGGGGGCUUCAGGACAGCGGCAUCGACGAGGAGCCCGAGCUUGUUUUCCAGCCCUCCAAAUUCGGCUCCCUGUGGCCUCUGCCGCAGAAAGUCCAAAUCUCGGAAGUUUCCUUCAAGCUCAGUCCCUCUAACUUCCAGAUCUCUGAUGCCAAAGAGUCCCGGUCCGGUUCGAGCUGCAGCCUCCUACAGCUGGCUUACAGGAGGUACUAUGAUUACAUGUUUGAAGGUGUUAAAAAGGUGGAUAGAAGCGCGAGAGCAGAUCCCACAGAGCUUCUGGAGCUGCAGGUGUGGAUCACAUCACCUGACACUGAGUGUGACAGUUAUCCAACUGUGUCUUCUGAUGAAUCAUAUGAGCUGUCCGUGGAUCAGCCAGUUGCUGUACUGAAAGCACCGAAGGUCUGGGGAGCCUUGCAUGGUCUGGAAACAUUCAGCCAGUUGGUCUAUGAGGACGAGUAUGGAGCUAAAAGCAUCAAUUAUACGACAAUCAGUGACUUUCCAAGAUUUGCUCAUCGGGGCGUCUUGCUGGACACUUCACGACAUUUCCUUCCAAUUAAAGUCAUCCUGGCUAAUCUGGAAACCAUGGCAAUGAAUAAAUUCAACGUCUUCCACUGGCACAUCGUCGACGAUCCGUCUUUUCCUUACCUGAGCAAGACGUUCCCAGAGCUGAGCCGAAAGGGCGCUUACCACCCAUACACCCAUGUGUACACACCUGCAGAUGUGAAAAUGGUGAUUGAGUUUGCUCGCCUCAGAGGCAUUCGGGUCGUCUCUGAGUUUGACACCCCAGGACACACACAGUCUUGGGGAAAAGGCCAACCUAACCUGCUCACGCCUUGUUACUCUGGCUCCAAGCCUUCCGGCACCUUCGGACCAGUCAACCCCAUCCUAAACACGACCUAUGACUUCAUGAGGAAGUUCUUUAAAGAGGUCAGCAGCGUGUUUCCAGACAGCUACAUUCACCUCGGAGGUGACGAGGUGGACUUCACAUGCUGGAAGUCCAACCCAGACAUCCAGAAGUUCAUGGAGCAGCAGGGCUUUGGAAAGGACUACAGCAAACUGGAGUCCUUCUAUAUCCAAAGACUUCUGGAUAUUGUCACUACCACCAAUAAAGGCUACAUCAUCUGGCAGGAAGUGUUUGACAAUGGUGUUAAGCUGAAACCAGACACUAUAAUCCACGUUUGGAAAGGAAACCAGGAGAAAUACCAACUUGAGAUGGCAAAUAUUACAUCGGCAGGGUAUCAGACCCUGCUGUCCUCGCCCUGGUACCUGAACCGUAUCGCCUAUGGCCAGGAUUGGCAGGGCCAUUACAGAGCCGACCCACAAGAUUUUAAGGGAACUGAAGAACAAAAGAAGCUGGUGAUUGGUGGAGAGGCCUGUCUCUGGGGAGAGUACGUGGAUGCUACAAAUUUGACACCAAGACUCUGGCCUCGAGCCAGUGCUGUAGCAGAGCGGCUCUGGAGCGCUAAAGAGGUCACAGACAUCGGCGAUGCCUACAGCAGACUUUCUGUUCACCGCUGUCGUUUGGUCGAGCGUGGGAUACCAGCAGAGCCACUGUCUCCCAGCUUUUGUCCACAUGAAUACAAAGGUAUCUGAGCAGAGCUGAGAUGUUAGAUGCAGAGCAGAAAAAGGGAUCCACGCCCACCAACACAUCCAACCGUAUGCCUGGGUUGUUGACUGGGGAAUAAAAUGAGAAACUUCAUCUUCAGAGCUGCCACUGUACUUAUUAAAUCUGUUUCUCAAAUUGUAUUUUAUGUGACAUAAAGAAUAUUACACCUUUUUUUUGGUGAGAAUGUUCCUACAAACUCAGAUAUUUUAAAAGCUUUUGUGUUUUACUGUUUUUAAUUGGGGAAAGCUGAAUGGAAAUAAAGUCGCUGUACAUUUAUUUUGCAGCACAUUGGGA